UUGAUAGUGUGACCUAAUAAAUCAGAUCUCAAAAAUGGCGAAAGUAAUUUUCGCGAUUACUUUGACAUUGGUAACAUUUACGUUGAUCAAGUGUGCGAAUACUAAAAGUAACCAGAUGACAAAAGAAGCGCCGGUCAAUGCGAAGGACCAGGAUAGCAGUAUUGAUGUGUCGGACUUGGAUACGCAGGCUAUCAUGAACGCUUGUAACGAGAGCUUUAGGAUUGAAAUGAGUUACCUAGAAUCCCUAAACACCAGCGGCAGUUUCAUUGAUGAGACUGACAAAACGCCCAAAUGCUUUCUACGCUGUGUAUUGGAGAAUACGGGCAUUUUGUCUGAGGACGGUCGCCAGUUCAACCCGGCACGAGCUGCCUCGGUCUUCGCCGGGGAGAGGAACGGGAAACCUAUGGAUGACCUCAAUGACAUGACUGGACUCUGUGCUGCAGAUAGGCAGGAAACUUGCCCAUGUGACCGAGCUUACAAGUUCCUGAGGUGUUUGAUGUCAAUGGAAAUAGAAAAGUAUGAGACUGCUCAAUAAAUACAAUUCAACCCGUAAACCUCCUACAUGCUUAUACAACCCUGGUACUUCUCAACAAUUACACGCGUCACGCAGCAAUUAUAAACUUUGUAGAUAAAUUAGAUUAGUACAUAGUAAGUGAGAAAUAAAUUAUUAAUGCAUUGA